AUGCGGCGCAAGUGGAUAGAUUUACAUAAUUGUCAAAUGUGGAAACGGGAGACGGUCUAUACAGAGUUAACCGGGGAGUCAAAGUCAGGUUCCUUUGCCGAGACGCGGCAUCCCGCAUGA